AUGAUCCCUUUACAGGUGGUAUCCACAGUAUUUUGCCUGGAGUACUCUUGCGAAACACUUGAGGGAUACAAACGAGCAGUACGAGGUGCAUGUAGUCUUAUUGAAUGUGGAGGAUACCUGCUUCAAGGCGGUGUAACAGACGCUACGACGUACAACUUCGGUGGAAAAGUGUUCAAAUGCCAUCGUCUGCAACGGAGUCAUAUCGAGGAAUCACUAGAGGAAAAUGGAAUGUCAAUCACGGCCGAAGAUGGAUACAAGUUCAUUACGCAUGAAGAUAUCUUCCUCUUGGUUUCAAAGAAAAUUAGAUAA